UUUUAAUGGGUGAUCACAUCUCUACUCCUGCUGACUCGCCUCGCCAGUGAUUUGACUCCAUGAUCUUCUUCUUCUUCUUGUUGCGUCAGUUCUGCAUAGCUCUUUGAGAUAUGUCCUCAAACUACGUUAGUGAAGUCGGAUAGAAGUGGUAGAUCUGAGGAUCAUGCGAAUUCCUCGUUAUUGUCUGAGAGCAAUCUCCUUCAAACCACACUAUCAAUGGAAAGCCAUUUGAAUCCGCGAGAGGCUCUGAAGGAGCAGCAGUUGUACAGAAUUUCCUCGUCUAAACCUUUACAGACUCCUACAGAGCAAUGUAUGAAGACCCAGGCCGGUGGAGAGCGUGAGCUUGUCAAGUAUAUGUCGAAUCUGCCUGUUUUCUUGGAGAGAAUCGAAACCCCUAAUGACAAACUCUUGAAUGUUGGCGUUCUUAACUGGGGCCGCCUGGAGAAGUGGCAACAUUGUUAUAAACACGCGUCAGAGAAAGGUAGACUCCCUUCUGUGAGUCGGAGAGAAGUUCAGAACCAGCGGACACAGCAUCACUCACUGCAGUUCCAUCUGAUGUCAGAUCCUCCUGAAGAGGGCUCUCAGAUUGCCAAAUCUUAUGGUGAGUGUGUAAAGGAGUGUCAGAACAGAAAAACUAUCCCGGAAAUCAACUUCAAGGAUCAUCAUUGUUUCAGCAUACGGGACGAGCAGCUCCUUCAAGGCAUGGCGCCUGGGUCAGACAGAUGUGAAAAUAAUGAUAAGAUCUGCCCAAAAAAUGAAUCUUUGUCAAAUGGGUCGAAACCGGAGUUUGGCUUGAAGGUGGAGAUUAAAUCAAAGACUCGAAAGCAUAGACAUGGUAAACGUGAUAAUGAGCUGAAGGGAAGCAACCAAAAUGAUCAUGAGGGAGACAUUGGUCGAAAGCUACAGGGGGCCUCUGAGCUCCGCCAUCCAACUAAGAAGCUAGAUCGGAAAGAGACUAAAACUCCUAGCAGGAGAAGUUUGGCCAAAGAAACCAAAGAAGUUUGCCAUGUUGAAUUAGAUUAUAGCGCACGACAUUCUUAUUCCUUGCCAUGCGAAGCUGACAACUGCAGAAGUGACAUUGGCUCCAGAGAUGCGGACAGGAGCAGGGUCUUGGUUAAAAUAACUCUGUCUGUGCCUCUAACAGAAAUGGCGAGUGCUAGUUCUUCCCACGAUAAAAUCACACAAGAUAAAAGAUCAGGCUCUGUCCAAGGACCAGUAUCGAAGUUGUGCAAUGUUCCUUCCGAAAAGGGAAGAACAAAUGUCUCGCCUUUUCAGAGACUUAGCUUCAGUACAGGUAAAACGAGCAAACAUAACAGUGAAAGAGAUGCUGUUCCAGUAACCCGACAGGACUCGAUGGUUAACUCCUCAAAGUCUGGAUCACAAAAUACUGCUACUUCAUCUGGCUGUAACAAACCCUGUGGAAAAGAUAGAGCUGCCAUAAGUCCAUUUAGAAGGUUACUGGAGCCGUUAUUGAAGCCAAAAGACAAUUCCUUGGAGGAUCCAAGAGCUCAAGGGGUCCAAAGAGUAAAAUCAGGCGUCAGUGGUUGCAAAAUGGUCAAUGUUGAUGAUUCGGCUCGGGAGAAAAAGCCUGUGUCAUUCAUGGUUCAAGCUGUAUUGCGGGUUACAGUUAAAAACAACCAACUGUUGUUUACAUUUGCAGUGAACAAGGAAAGAGAUGUUCUUGCUGCAACACUAAAGAAACUGGGAAGCUUGGAAGAGAAUGAGUGUACCACCAGUAUGUAUAAUUUCUUCUCCAUCCAUGAGCAUAAGAAGAAUGGUGUGUGGUUAAACCAGAGAAGCAAAGGCCAAACACAUGGUAUCAUCUCCAACGUGUUUGCUCAGAUGCGGAUCUCGAGCUCACCUUCUGGCUCCAUCAGAGAGUUUGUUCUCUUCUCUGUAGACUUAGGGAAAGGGAACGAAGAAAAGUCUGAUCUGCAGCUGAAAAACGAACUUGCAGCCAUUGUCAUCAACUCAAAUGCACAGAUCAAGGACAGGAAUGGUCCAGUUCUUUGUGAUCGAGACAUUAGUGCCACUGUCAUAACCCAGAGCGGUGUUCAUAGCCUGCCUCAUAAAGGUGGACCGUCGUCCCUGAUCCAACGAUGGAGAUCAGGUGGGUCUUGUGAUUGCGGAGGUUGGGACAUGGGCUGCAAUCUCAGAGUCCUUACAAACUGCUCGAGCAAGAAUACCGCAUCUUCAGAUCGUUUCCAGCUCUUCCUUACGGGGGGAAAACGCGAUGAACAGCCGUUCUUGAGCCUUGCACCGAUCAAAGAAGGCAUAUACUCAGUUGGGUACAACUCACCACUCUCGUUACUGCAAGCUUUUUCGAUUUGUAUAGCAGUCGUAGAGUGUAGGAAACUAGGAGAAACUUCAGAAAACAAAGGCUCUUAUUACAAAUGAGCAUAAAGAGAGAGUCUUAGUUUGAGAUCGAGAAACUAAGAUUAACGGCACCUCUGAAGAAGAAAGCUGUGUCGCUUGUCCACCGCCUCUAUUGUCUGCCGGGAGGGCAUAAGUUUUACAUCACAGCAGACUUUUUUUUUUUUAAAGUUCUGUGAUCUUAAUAAUGUUGGAGCUGGAGAAUAAGCAAAGUAUGUUUGCAGGAUCUCUAUGUGAAUA